AUGGUACAAAAAUUAAAAGUUUAUACACGUAAACUUAAUCAAUCAAUUGAAUCACAUGCAAUAGCCUUAGAAGAGUUGAAUUCGUUUAAAACUCGUCAUAAACAUGUGAAACAAGAAGUUGGGAAUGUUAGAACUGAAGUUCGACAAUGGUCAGAAGAAGUGAUCGAAUUGAAAAGAGGACUUGAAGGAUUAACAACUGAAGUUAGAGAGAUUAGAUCAAUGAUUGAAAGUGUCAUGGAAGCUAGAUCUUUAUCACUCAGUCAAAGUAAUAAGAAAUCGUGCAAAGUUCAACCCAAGGGAUCAGGAAUGAUGAGACCUAUUGGAUUAUCGAAAACUCAACAAGAAGCCAAACGGCAUCAAGUACCUUUGAAAUCUAGAAUACCAGCUGCCAGAUCUCAUUCUGAAAUCACUCUUUUGAAUGAUCGAAGCGGGAUAGAAGCAUGGAGGUCUCAAGCUUCUUCUACACCGAGAAGUGGUCAUAGUUUUAUUGGGGCAGAUGAGAUUGAAAGAUUGAAAAAAGAAGUAGCAGAAGAACAAGCAAUGAGAACUUCAACUAUAGCUCAUUCAAAACCAAAACCAUCAACAAGAGCAGUCCCACCGGUUUCAAAACCAUCACAACCUACACCUGGACCAAGUAAACCAAGCAAUCCGUUACCUACAAGAAUCAGUUCAGCUCCCAACCCCUUAACAACUUCAAAAACCAAAAAACCAACGACUAUGAAACCCAAAUCGAAUGGAGGAACUGGAGGAGGAUCGAUUCAAAUUGAUCAAGAGAUGAGUAGAGCAGAAGCGAUUCUUAAGAACGUCCCAUCUCAUGAUAAUUCGACGUGUUCAGAAUGUAGGAAAAGGAAACUGCAAGCUGGAAAUGCCAAUGGACCGAUUCGGAUCAGUAGUGCACCUAUUCAAUUGAUGAGUAAAGAAAAAGAAAAGCUUACAAGACAUUCGAAUGCAAAGGAAGAUGAUGAGAAAGAAAAGGUUGAACCUCAAACUGUUUUGGUUAAAAUCAUUCAUGAAAUUGAAAACGAUUUUGAAAUUCAUCGAAAAUAA